UCUUUCAUAUAAUUAAAUUUAUGAAAAACAAGUGGUGGUGUCAGUGCCCCCUCUCAACUCUUUCCAUCGAACUACCAGUAUUUCUUAAUUAACGGCUCUUUUUUCCUUUUUCUUUUUUUUGCACUUUCUUUCUUCAACUACAGCUGUUCUCACAUUCCUCACUCAUAAAGGAAGGAUAGGCUUUCUUUUUUUAUCCUCUUCACCGCUAGUUUUGCCUUCUUCAACACACAGCCCUAAACCCCAUACAUUACCAAGGUCCCUCUUUGCUUACUGAUCUUUCUGCUUCUUGUUUCAUCUUUCAGUGAGACGGUUUGGUUGGUUUAAAAUCUGGGAUUUUGUUUUCACUCAAAAUGGGCAACUUUUAUUGCCUGUAUUUGGUGCUGUUGCUGUUUUGUUUUGGGUUUUGUGUGAACACUCUGAGUCAGGCGGAUUCGAGUUCAGAUGCAAUUACGGCUGUUUACAUUGUGUCUCUCAAGCAAGCUCCUGCCGCUCAUUACUUUGAGGAACAGCUAAGAAGGCAUAAUCGUCAUGGUCAUGGGUUCCACCAUAAUUCUUCUUCUUCUUCAGGGAGAUUAAACAGGCUUCACAAACCAAGGAAUAAUUCAAGAUAUCAUCCAAGUUCUGGUUCGUAUAUUUCUCGAGUUCAUGAUUCUUUAUUAAGGAGAGCCUUGAGGGGGGAGAAAUAUCUGAAGUUGUAUAGUUACCACUACUUGAUUAAUGGCUUUGCUGUGCUUGUCACCCCUGAACAGGCGAACAAGCUUUCAAAGAGAAGAGAAGUUGCAAAUGUUGUGUUGGAUUUCUCUGUUAGAACUGCAACCACUCAUACUCCACAGUUCUUGGGUCUGCCAAAGGGUGCAUGGUCCCAGCAAGGGGGAUAUGAAACUGCUGGAGAGGGAAUUGUAAUUGGGUUCAUUGAUACUGGUAUUGAUCCAACUCAUCCCAGCUUUGCUGAUGACAUAUCUGAGCAUUCAUACCCAGUUCCAGCCCAUUUUUCUGGUGUUUGUGAGGUGACCCGGGAAUUUCCGUCUGGAUCAUGCAAUAGGAAGCUUGUUGGAGCACGCCAUUUUGCAGCAUCUGCUAUAACAAGAGGAAUAUUCAAUUCAUCUCAGGACUAUGCAUCACCAUUUGAUGGUGAUGGUCAUGGCACGCACACAGCUUCUGUUGCUGCAGGAAACCAUGGGAUUCCUGUGGUGGUAGCUGGGCACCACUUUGGAAAUGCUAGUGGGAUGGCUCCUCGUUCACAUAUUGCUGUUUACAAGGCUUUGUAUAAGAGCUUUGGAGGAUUUGCUGCAGAUGUAGUUGCUGGCAUAGACCAGGCAGCUCAAGAUGGCAUUGACAUAAUAAGCUUAUCCAUAACUCCCAACAGGCGUCCACCUGGUAUUGCAACAUUUUUCAAUCCCAUUGAUAUGGCAUUGCUAUCAGCUGUCAAGGCUGGCAUUUUUGUUGUGCAAGCUGCUGGCAAUACUGGACCAUCACCUAAGAGCAUGUCUUCUUUCAGUCCAUGGAUCUUCACUGUUGGUGCUGCCUCUCAUGACAGAGCAUAUGCUAACUCCAUCAUCCUUGGAAACAAUGUAACUAUUCCUGGAGUUGGACUUGCACCGGGGACAGAUACAGAUCAAAUGUAUACACUGAUUUCUGCAGUUCAUGCGCUAUGCAAUGAAACAAUACUUGCCAAUGAUAUGUAUGUUGGUGAAUGCCAAGACUCGAGUAACUUCAAUGAGGAACUUAUCCAAGGAAACCUGUUAAUCUGUAGCUAUUCAAUCCGAUUUGUGCUUGGACUCUCUACAAUCAAGCAGGCCUUAGAAACUGCGAAAAACCUCAGUGCAGCUGGAGUUGUGUUCUACAUGGAUCCUUACGUAAUUGGUUUUCAGCUUAAUCCCACACCAUUGGAAAUACCUGGCAUCAUAAUUCCAUCCCCAGAUGAUUCAAAGAUUUUACUCCAAUAUUACAAUUCAUCUUUGGAAAGAGAUGGGCUUUCAAGGAAAAUUGUUAGAUUUGGGGCAGUUGCAAGCAUUUCAGGUGGACUGAAGGCAAACUACAGCAUUACUGCUCCAAAGGUUAUGUUUUAUUCGGCCAGAGGACCAGAUCCAGAAGACAGUUCUCUAGAUGAUGCAGACAUAAUGAAACCAAACUUGGUUGCCCCUGGAAAUUUGAUAUGGGCUGCCUGGAGUUCCCUUGGGACAGAUUCAGUUGAAUUCCAAGGUGAAAGCUUUGCAAUGAUGUCUGGAACAAGCAUGGCAGCUCCUCAUAUUGCUGGGCUUGCUGCAUUGAUAAAGCAAAAGUUUCCUCAUUUCAGUCCUGCAGCCAUCGCCUCUGCACUUUCGACAACAGCUUCUCUUUAUGACAAGAGUGGUGGCCCCAUAAUGGCUCAGCGUGCUUAUGCUAAUCCUGAUGUAAACCAGUCUCCAGCAACACCAUUUGACAUGGGCAGUGGUUUUGUGAAUGCUACGGCAGCUCUCGAUCCGGGUCUGAUCUUGGAUUCAACUUAUGAAGAUUAUAUGUCUUUUCUUUGUGGCAUCAAUGGUUCUGGUCCAGUGGUCUUGAAUUACACUGGUCAAAACUGUUGGGUCUAUAAUUCGACGAUUGGUAGUGCUGACCUCAACCUGCCAUCAAUCACCAUUUCUAGACUGCAGCAAUCUAAAACGGUUGAAAGAACAGUGACCAACAUUGCUGGCAAUGAAACGUACAAAGUGGGCUGGAGUGCUCCGUAUGGGGUGUCAGUGAAGGUCACUCCAACUCGAUUCUUUAUUGGCACGGGAGAGAAGCAGAUCUUGACCAUAAUGUUUAAUGCAACAAUGAACAACUCUGUCGCCAGCUUUGGGAGGAUUGGACUUUUUGGAGACCAAGGCCAUAAACUCAACAUUCCGUUAUCAGUGAUUUUAAAAUUUUCUUAACGGCUGACGAAUAAGAAAAUUGUGAUUUUGGUGUGGGAUGGGGUGUUCUUUUGUGUUGGUUUUCCUUCGCCUCCUUCAGCUUCUAUGGAUUUAACCAAUUUUUUCAUUCAAUUUAUCCUGUAAAUGCAUAAAAUUACUUUGUAAUCUAUAAAUACAAAGAUCAAAUAAAUUGUAACGGUUCAUUUAGCCCA